AUGGUCCCAUGUUCAUUUCAGGGAUUAAUAAUAAUAAGGAUAAUAAACUUAUAAUUUUUUAUUAUUUCUGGAUUGUCUGGGGAAUUUUCAAAACUAUUUUGAUUUUAUGGAUUUUGAGGGAUAUUUUCGCGAUAUUUGCGAAGUGCACUCUUUAUUACAAUGACUUAUUUUUGUCCCCAUAAAAUGUCAAGAAAGUGCAGUUCUGUACAAAGAUAUUAACAUGACCAAAUGUUUUUGUUCAGGCUACAUUAAAAUUACCCCGCGAGCAAAGUCCUCUCGUAUUUCUUCUGAUUGAAACUUCAAUGGCAAUGCAGCGACAUAAAUACCGCCCGACAAAAUAAUUCAUUCAAGACAGUUAAGUUUUUUAUAUUUUAUUGAAAGAAAUUUCAUUGCAUUUUAUGUAAAGGAACUUCCGCAUUCAGUUCAAGCCUCAAAGGUUCAGUCAUUCAGUCGUGGAGAUACGUGCUGUACAGCAAUGUGUAAUGUAAUAUGUUUAUUUCGGUUUGUGACACUUCACUUUGGAAAUUACAGAAAUAUUAAAUGUUCGGAAUUAUUUUUUUGUUUAUUGAUAUAUAAAAUUAUAUAAAUAUAAAAUAUACCCCCACCUCUUCGACAUUUUCAAAGUGAAGUGUAGUAAGUGUAGAAAUGUAUUUUAUGCGGCCUAAGAAUGUAAAAUUUUGUUUUAUUUAUAUUAAAAGCUAGGGCACUUUUGCCUCGACUGCUCUCAACGUAGCUCUUUUUAUUUUGGUCAAAGGAAUUAAUUCAGAAUGCUGAUGAUGCAGGAGCCAGAGAAGUGAAGUUUCUCUAUGAUGGUCGAUCAUUUGGCAAGAAGUAUCUUGCUACUGAACACCUGCAAAAGUAUCAAGGACCCGCGCUCUACGCAUUUAAUGAUGCUAUAUUUAAACCUGAAGAUUGGGAAGGAAUCCAGAAUUUAAUGCGAAGUAAUAAAAAAUCUGACAUACUCAAAGUUGGCAGAUUUGGUAUUGGCUUUAAUUCAGUCUACCACAUCACAGGUUUGUGUGAAUAACUAGCUCUGUUUGGAGGCAUAAAUUUUCACUUUGACUUGUUUGUUUGUUUGUUUUGUUUAUUUGUUUGUUUGUUUGUUUGUUUGUCCGUCCGUCCGCCCGUUUGUUUGUUUGUUUGUUUGUUUGUUUGUUUGUUUGUUUGUUUGUUUGUUUGUUUGUUUGUUUGUUUGUUUGUUUGUUUGUUUGUUUGUUUGUUUGUUUGUCAAAAGAUUAUGCAGCCAUGGCCAAGGAUAUCAAAUUGUGGUUCAAAUGAAAAUAGGAUGCAAAAUUAUAUAAUAUGAACUUUUUUCUUAUUAUUUAUAUAUGUAUAAUUUAUGCAUGAUACCGUACUUGACUUUGGUUAGGCAGCAGACACUCAGUAACAAGCCAAUUGAGGAUAGACCUUGACCUAGUGGUCUUUAAUCGGAAUGGCCAUAUCCUCUUGCAGUAUGGAUGGGAUGUCCAAAUGGGAUGUUUUGGACCACACCCAUCAACCAAUGCCUACUGAAGUAUUUGGAUACUGAGUUGGUUUUGAAAAUCUUACCAACGCAAGCCAGCUUUAUAAAUAAAUUGUUAGGUUACCAAAACCAAUGUGUAAUGAUCCGGUUAACCUAGGCUUUGUAUGUUAACUCACAUACCCAAUGCUGUAGUAUUAAUUAUUAAAUGCAGCAUUAUAUAUACCCCUGUUUUACUUAACAUAAUAUAUCUGAUUUGUUUGAUAGAUAUUAUAAAUUCUUUCAUAAAAAGUCUGAAACUACCGUUAUUCUUAGAAAUAACCAGAUAGAAAACCGGAACGCGGAUCUGAAUGUGUCCACAUGCGCGUUUCAAUUGAGUUCAUUUUGUGUUCCAAUCAAACCGGGACUUCUUGAUCGUUAGCGUUGCUGACAUAUAGCGUUACUAACACCAGGGCUUAAGAAAUAAAUCGGAAAUGCCGUACGAGGUCGUAUACGUUCUGCACUAAGUUGAUCGUACGUUUAAUCGAUGUUGACGAUACGUACGAUUUUGUAUACUAGUUUUCGUAUAAAAUUCCCGUGUAAAAAUGCGUUUGAAAUGGUUUAAACGACGUAAACAAAGAUGACGGUCCGGGAUUCGAGCAGCGAACUCGAUGUUUCUGGAUCAAUGUUUCAUGUUUGAUUGUUAUAAAUAUAUGGAUAUUUGAAAAUCAGGGUUACAGACAAAUGUUCGUUCAUUGUCCCAAGGAUUUUAAGGCCAACAGAAAGGGGUAACGGUUCAGCUCUGCAGAAGAAGUGUACGCGAUCAUACUUGUCUGAAAUUCUUGGUGUACGCCAAGCUAAUUUCGACGUACAAUCGUACGUUUGUAUAUACGCCUAUUUUUUUAGCCCUGCUAACACGUUCUCUAAAUUGCGUUCCAUAAUUCCUUCCAACCAAACAAGAACGCAAUGCAAAGCUGUAGUGUUUUACAUGCAGUUUAGCACAACGUUAACUUUUGCUGAUGGGAAAAACAAACAACUGAAUUCCGUUUUAUAUCUCUUAGAUUUGCCAGGAAUCGUGAGUGGCAAUAAAAUUGGAUUUUUGGAUCCACAUAAGCGGUGUUUUGGAAAUGAUUAUUCUGGAGAGCAAUAUGUCGUCAAGUCACGGUUGCUGAAAGGAAAAAUUCGCGAUCAGUUUACACCUUUCCAGGGAGUAUUUGAUUUUGAUUUUCACAAAAAUUAUGAAUCGACUCUCUUUCGCUUUCCCCUACGUACUUGUCCGUCUAAACUCUCGCAAACGGAGUACACGAAAGAGAAGGUCGACAAGCUAUUUGAGUCGUUACAUGAAGAGGCUUCCAUUAUCUUGUUGUUUAUGAAAAACAUCCAACACAUCAGUGUUUAUGAACGUAUCGAUGAUGGUGACGAGGCCAAAUGUAUUUUCAAAGUAGAAAUUGCUCCUGAAAUGUGUGAAAUGGUGAAGCAAAAACGACAGAUCAUGCUGCAAAAUGCUGGUGAGGAAGAUCUUACUGCAUCAAGCUAUAUUGUAGACGUCUGCUUUUCGUCUGAUUCUGAGGAGAAGUGUUUUCAAUGGCUUGUCCUCAACCAAAUUGGCUUGGAGGGAGAUGAAAGAAUUGCAGAGCUUUCAGAAAAGUUAAGCUUGCUGCCAUGGGUUGGUUGUGCCGUUCCGUUAAACGAGAAUGCUCAAAAGGAAGACAGCGGUCGUAUAUUCUGUUUUCUACCUCUCCCACGUGAUGUGGACUGUCAGACCGGUUUGCCUGUAUUGGUGCAUGGCGCGUUUGGAGUGACGGAUAACAGACGUGGUCUUCUGUGGCCUGGGAGUGAAUGUCAAAAUAAUGAAACUGCAGAAUGGAAUGUGUUAUUGGUAGAGAAAAUCUUAUCUGCUGUCAUUUACAACGCUCUUAAAUCAAUCGUCACAGAUUGCCCAAUCACUGGUCUGAACGAGAUACAGAGACGUGAACUUGUGUACUCCACUGUGCCAAAAUUAAACGGUGUUACAGGCCACUGGAAUUGUUUUGUAGACCCUUUUUUUCAAAAGUUAAGACAACUAAAUCUAUUCCACGCUCAAUCCUCGAGGGGCACAUCUUGGAUAACUCUACAAGAAGGACUCCUGGAUCAAAUGGGAAAAGCUGGCGUGUUGCAAAAGACCGGAAACGCUGUCCUCGAAACACUAUUGAGAAAUUCCCAAGUAAUAAUAACAGAUCUUCCCGAUCAUGUGAUGGAAAUGGUUGAGAAAUAUUUCGGUGAAAGGCAAGAUAUUACCUGUGAAUUUUUUAGAAAUUUUCUAAGAAGUAAUUCUAUCAAGACAGCAUCCCAUGAUGAUAAACUGUCGUUGCUUGACUACAUUCUCCAUGAUUCCCCACGGCCAGAAGAACUUAGCGGCAUUCCUCUACUUCCUUUGGCAUCUGGUAAGUUUGUUACUUUUGCCAAACACUGUCAUGAUUCUGACCCAUCAUCGUCCAUCUUUGUGUCAGACGGUCGCUGUACUGAAGAUUUGCUACCAAAUAUGGAAGAUCGUUUCUUAGACAAGAAUGUCUCUACAGAAACCUACCAGAAGUUGGUCGCCAUGGCAACCGGUUUAUUGGAUGAAAUCAACCCGACACAGAUGAUUAAACUCACACCCGAGCUUGUCGUCGCAUGUUUGCGUUCAAGUCUUCCAGAUGAAUGGUUCAAUACAAGCAACCAGAAAGAUGUAGUUUCCUGGAAACCUGACUGUCCAGGCCAUCCGCCUGAGAAAUGGAUUAAUGAUAUAUGGCAUUGGAUCAAUGAUAAUUUUGAAUCUCUUAAGCAGUUCGAAGGAAUUCCACUAAUACCGUUUCAAUCAAAUUCGGAGAAAGCACUCGGCGUUCUUUCAAAAAAUUCCAGAUUCAUAUUCAAUUCAGAUUCUUCUCGGAAUAUGCAGCUGCCUUCUCAAGUAGUUGGACUGCUUAAAGCUUCUGGUUGUAUUGUGUUGCCAUGUACGUCUAAACUCUUACAUGUGCGUCAUCCUAAUAUCAGCUCGUACGUAGCAUCUCCAGUGCCUGCCGAAGUUACGUUAAUGCUUGGCAAAUGUUCGAUGGAAUUUGCAGAACACUACAUCAGGAAUUGUUCCAAAGAUCAAAGAAAGGUACUUCAAAGCUUCUUUGCUGCCUCACAACUGUUGUCGGAAAAAGAGAAGAAUAUUGUGCGCCGUCUACCUGUAUUAAACACACUUGAUGGCAGCUGUACAGCAGCUUUCGUACGCGAACAGUUUCUCAGUGUGGCUUCACCCAAAUUCAAACUUCGAAAUAGCUUUAAAUUUCACAGAGCCAGCCAAAUUAUCUCGUCUGCCGAAGUUAAAUCGCUGCAACUGGUUCGUUUGUUAGGUUUGGAGCCUAUCGAGCCGGCCGAUAUUUUUUGCCGCUUUCUCUUUCCUGACAUUCAAACUCAAUCGAUUUACAGUUUGGAAGAAACAACAAGCAUCAUGUUGUGGAUUCUGGAAAGAAAAUGUGAGAUACAAAACGAGGAGUUCCUGAAGGAAAUCAAAGAUUUGUCAUUUGUUAGCACAAAAAAUGGAGAAUUAAAAAAGACAUGUGAACUAUAUGAUCCAAACGAUCCUGUUCUAGCUGAUCUGUUCCUUGGAGAAGACAGCAAAUUCCCAUCAAAAGAGUUUUCUAAACUGAUUUCAACCUUAAAAGAGUUGGGGCUUCGUGCACAAGACAUGAUCACCGCAUCGGAUCUUCUAGGUGUUGCUGAAAGAAUUGCUUUGUCAGAUUACCAAGACGCCCUAAAGAAAGUCCAAGCGCUGGUUACGAUUUUUCAACAGAGUCCCGAAUUUCUUAAGAUGAAUCUCGGUGGUAUUUCACUGAUAUCACAAUUGGCUAAACUCGAAUGGCUACCUUGCGCAAAGAAAUAUCCUCGCGGAGCGGGAUACCCUAGCUUUAUGCAUAAUAAAUGGUAUAACAGUGAGACAAAAUUUUUUAAACCAGACGAACUAUUUCGUGAGUCCCACACACUCCUCGUUGGAACGUCUGCACCAAUACUCGGCAUCAAAAUGAUUGAUGGUAUCCAAAAUUCGCUUGGUAUUCAGAAAAAGGUCAAUGUUAGCAAAGUGAUCCAGCAUCUUAAAACAGCUGUCAACGUUUGGGAAGACAAAGUGCGACCAAAUUCUCAAUAUAAUGAAAUGCUCCAAAAAAUCUAUCUAUAUCUUUCCAAAGUGCCUUCACAAGAAAUCGUAUCCGAAGCCAUUCAGCGGAAUAAGCUAGUGAAAUGGAUCUGGCAUGGAUCCGGGUUUUGCUCGCCGAAGCAAAUGGCUCUAGAAAAAGAUUUGCCAUUUGAGUUUCGACCUCCACUUUUCUUACUCCCCGAUACGUUAAAUGACGGCGGAACUCUUACAAGGUUUUUUAAAAGCCACGGCGUGCGAGAUCAGUUCUCCAAGGAUGAUAUUAUUUUGGUGUUGGCCGCCAUUAAAGAAGAGCACGAAGAGCCACAAAACAAGAUAUCUCCCAAAUCUAUGAAAAAAGAUUUAAAUUUUUGCCGUUCAGUACUUGAAUGGUUGGUUAACGAUGGACAAAGGUUAAGCGAAGACCUACGAGCCAAAGUGUUUGUUCCAGUGCAGAGUGAUGAAAACAAGAUGGUUUUAAAAGAAUGCGAGAAGUGUACGUACUGCGACCAGGAAUGGCUGAAACUUGGUAAAACUGAGCUGGAUAUUCCAGAUGAUUUCCAUCCUAUUCACGACUCUAUUCCACCCAAACUGGCUAUCCUCCUUGGCGUACCUUCUCUGAGUUCUUGUUUACUCUCGGCAGAGUCCAUCGAGUUCGAACAGACGGGACCAUACGAGCCGAUCACAACACGAAUCAAGAAUAUUCUUAAAGAGUACAAAGAAGGAGUUGGAAUAUUCAAAGAGCUGAUUCAAAAUGCGGACGAUGCAGGCGCUACUACAGUCAAGUUUUUGGUGGAUUGGAGGAAUGGUAAAACGGACAGUCUAUUCUCCCCUGACAUGGCCGCAAGCCAAGGUCCAGCGCUGUGGGCUUACAAUGAUGCUGUGUUUACUGAUAAAGAUUUUGAGAAUAUCAACAAGCUAGCCGGAGGAACGAAGAUUGAAGAUCUUUCAAAGAUUGGUCGGUUUGGACUUGGUUUUAACGCGGUCUAUCACCUUACUGAUGUACCGAGUUUUAUCAGUAGAAACUACCUGUGUGUUUUCGACCCAAAUGUCAAUCACAUCUCAAAUCACAUUCGCGACAAAUCUCGACCCGGAAUUCGCAUUGAUCUCGCCAAGAAUUCAAGGCCUUUGAUAGCAUUUGCAGACCAGUUUUCUCUUUAUGAUCAAGUUUUCGGAUGUAAGACAGCUUUAAACAAUGGUGAGACGUUUCACUACCAAGGAACGCUAUUUCGGUUCUCUUUUCGCACAAAAUGUGAAGCAAAGAAAAGCGAAAUUUGCGAAACGGUUUACAAUUUUUCAAAAGUAAAAGAAAUCGUUCGUACUCUUCAACGAAGUGCCUCACUCUUACUUUUGUUUACUCAAAAUGUUAAACAUGUUGAACUACACGAACUUAGUUCGGCCGGAAAACCUGAAGACACAACUUUAGUACUUUCCAUCAACAAGGAAAUCCAAAAUACAAAUACUGUGUCAGCACCUUCCUACAUCAAGCAGUGCUCCGAGUGGUGGCAGAGAAAGUUAUUAAAAGAGUUACCAUUGGAUGAAGCCCCGUCAAGUUUGGAACAAGUUAAAAUUGUGAAGACGGAGAAUCCUUCAAGAAUUACCGGCACUAAAAGAUCACUCGUUAACAGCUGUACUUGGCUUGUGGCAUAUUGUGUUGGAAAGGAUCGUUCGAUUGAGUUUGCCGUACAAGAAGGGCAAAAGGAUGGCUUGCUGCCCCUCGCUGGUGCUGCAGCUUUACUUCAAAGCAACGCAAAUAAUAAGAUAGUAGAUUCUAAAAUUUUCGCCGCUAAACGUACCGAAGGUGAAGCUUUUUGUUUUCUUCCGCUGUCGAUUUCCACCGGGCUACCAAUUCAUGUUAACAGCUCCUUCGCCGUUCGCUCAAAUCGCGAUGGAAUUUGGGAGAAAACAACUGCUGAGGAAAACCUGGAAUCUCGAUGGAACGACUGCCUUCUACAAGAUGCAAUACCAGAAGCAUAUUUUAAGCUACUUUCUAGAAUGGUGGGUUUGUGGCAAAAUGCUCACUUGUCACAGUUUGAUAAACAGUUCCAUGAUUUUUGGCCACGUCUUGCCAACUCGGGUGCAUCAUGGACAACUGUCGUUUCAAGUUUCUACACCAAGCUGGUACAGCGAGAUUUGAAAUUAUUUUACAGCAGCGGAAAGUGGAUGAAUAUUACUGAUGGAUACCUUUUGGACGAAGAGCUACGGAAGGUAAAACGAGUAGUUAAAACGUUGCAAAGUGUUGGCGUAUAUGUUUUUGAUCUUCCAUCCGAUGUUAUCAAUUCAAUGAAAAAUUCCAUUGAUAGUUCUGCCACUGCUGUUGUUCAGAAGCAAACCUUAAGUCUUGUGUCAUUUUUCGAGCAUUUCUUGUUUCCAAAUUUACCCUGCAUCUCAGCUGACCUGCGAAAUCCUAUCGUACACCAUGGAUUACGCUACAUCUUAGAGAAAUCAAGAGAAGACUGGAAGCAGCUUAAUUCUUUGUACAAAAAGACCGAAUGCAUUCCAUGUUCUCCAGAUGGCCAAACGCUUGCACGACCGUGUGAUUUGAUCAGUCCGGAAGUAAAAAGUAUUGCAGUGUUGUAUUCGCCUGAUGAAAAUCGAUUCCCUACUGGAGAGCUGGAUGACAGCCAACUGUAUGCGCUGGAGCAGCUUGGAAUGGUUAAAUUGUUAUGUUGGCAAGAAAUAUGCGAUCGUGCGAAGUCUAUCGAUAAGCUAGCAAUGAAGGACAAGGGUUUGGCGUUACGCCGCUCUCAAUCCCUUAUCAAAUACCUUCGCCGCAAUAUAGAACAUCUGACAGAGGUGGAUAAGUCUGAUAGUGAUCUUCAGAAUAUAAAGUUCUUACCAGUGCGUCUCGCUCCUCCAGUGUACUAUACACUCCCAUGGAAAGGAGCCGAGUUUCAUACCAUAGAAUUCCGUAGUCCUAGUGACCUUUUCUUGUUGAAAGAUGUCAACCUUAUUGGCUCAUCUUGCUUAAUCGUGGACGAUACUGAGCAAAGUGGAUGCGGUCGUAUGGAAGUUCUCGGAAAUGUGCUCGGUUUUUUACAUCGCCGUCCAAGUUGCCAGCAAGUGUUGCAACAGUUAGAAAUCACCAGAGAAUCAAAUUCGGACGACAAGACCAAAAUUACAGUUUGCAAACGGGUUUACAAACAUCUUAAUGACGAACUAGUCAAGAAUCGAGAUGUCUCUGUUAUUACAAAGCUCAAAAAUACGGCGUGGUUGUUUCUACAUGGAAAGUUCGUAGAGAACAGGAAGAUCGCCUUGGAAUGGAAAGGCUACGCGGUGCCGUUCCUGUACAGUGUUCCUGAUGAGUACAAACGAGAAUUCGUAGAACUUCUUAAAGUGACUGGCAUCAAGGAGAUGUUUACACCAAGCGAUUUUCUUGAAGCACUGGAUUCUCUCCAAGGAUCUAAGCAAGAUUCGCGUCUAAUUCCUGAAGAUAUAAAACUGAUCGUGACUUUAAUCAGCGAAUUGAGAUAUCAAUCUGAUAAUUUAGUAAAACAACGUGUUGGCACCAUCCCAUUGCCUGACGCCCAAGGUGUUUUAUACAACAGCAAAGAUCUUACAAUUCCUGAAAGUUUUCAUGUGAAGUAUGCGGGAAACGAGCGCUACAUUCAUUCGGAUAUAAACCGAAACAUUGCUCUCAAGCUUGGAGCGAAACCAUUGCGCGCUAGAAGAAGAGAGAAAUAUGGGAAUACACUGUCUAUAUCUUUUGGGCAAUUCGAGAAACUAACCGAUCGAAUAAAGAACAUCCUAUAUUCGUACCCGUGCGAUGUUGGCAUCCUGAAAGAACUUGUUCAGAACGCAGAUGACGCGAAGGCUACUGAAAUUCAGUUCAUUUACGACAAACGAAUACUUCCCCACGAGCGCGUCCUUCAGACCAACGCAAAAAAAAUCCAAGGACCAGCAUUAUGUGUUUACAACAACAAGCAUUUCAGCGAAGAUGAUUUAAAUGGAAUUUGCAAACUUGGAAUUGGAAGCAAACAAGAUGAUCCUGCAAAAACUGGUCAGUAUGGGAUUGGAUUCAAUGCUGUUUACCAUUUAACAGAUUGUCCAAGUUUUCUGUCAGACGAUAAUACACUAUGUAUCCUUGAUCCACAUUGCGAAUAUAGUCCUGAAGCAACCUCAGAAGCUCCCGGUGGAAAAUACAACAACAUUGACCACGACUUCAAAGACAUCUUUUCUGAUACAGUUAGCGGUUACCUUGGAGACUUCGGUGAUCAUUUUCCUCUACAAGGCUCCACUAUGUUUCGACUUCCAUUGAGGACAAAUGAGCAAUCAAAAACGUCAGAAAUAUCGAACUGUUCUGUUACCGAUCAGGUCAUGAUGGAUCUAAUUAGCAAAUUUAAAAAAGAAGCAAAAAAGUUACUGCUUUUUCUCAAUCAUGUUAAGAAAAUUGGUUUGUGGGAAAUCAAUAGCAAGUCUGAGUUGAAACCCAUAUACUCAGUGAGUUCCCAGCUUAAACGAAAUUAUGAGAAGAAACUACCGGAGCUACAUCGUCACUUGCAAGAGUAUAAGACAGUAGCAACUUGUGAUGUGCCCAUGAAAGACACGACGUAUACCAUCCGUAUCGAAGACACAGACAAAUUGAAGGAAAAAUGGCUUAUUCAUCAAAGGUUUGGCAUCAAAACAGAAGCAACCACAACAGAACGAAUUCAUCAAAGUUGUGGCGUCAAAACUAAAGCAAUAAAAACUGAACAAAUUCAUCAAAGCUCUUGCAUCAAAACAGAAGCAAUGAAAACUGAACAAUCUCAUCCAAGUUCUGGCAUCAAAACAGAAACAUUGAAAACUGAAAAAAAUCUUCAAAGUUCUGACGUCAAUACUAAAGCAAUAAAAACUGAAGAAAUUGAUCGAAGCUCAUGCAUCAAAACAGAAGCAAUGAAAUCUGAACAGUCUCAUCCAAGUUCUGGUAUCAAAACAGAAACAAUGAAAGCUGAAAAAAAUCUUCAAAGUUCGGGGAUCAAAACAGAAGCAAUGAUAUAUGAACAAAGUCCUAACGUUUGUGAUCUUGGUUUAUUCCCCCGUGGUGCCAUUGCAGCGCUCUUGUCAUCGAAUCGUGAUUGCAGCGAAGAAUAUGUGGCUUACUGUUUCUUGCCUUUGCCCGUGAAAACCAUGCUGCCAGUCCACGUUAAUGGACACUUCGCACUCGAUGGAUCAAGACGAGAUUUGUGGUUUGACACCAGUGGAACUUGUCGGAAAACAGUAUGGAAUGCAUUCAUGAAAAAGCGAGUACUUGGUCCUGCCUAUGCAUCAUUGAUCACCAAAGCAAGAGAAUAUAUUCCACAUUGUGAAAGAGAUUCAGAAAAGAUCUACUUUUCGAGCAAGGAUGAUGCUACGAAAGCCUUGGACUGGUAUCAUAACUUAUUUCCCAAUCCUGUUGCAAACCCAAAAUGGAAAACUCUUGUCGUGGCAGUUUACCAAUGUUUAAAAGAAAGUCCAAUUUUACCCGUGGUCUCUCAAACGCGUGGUAUUGUCGUAACAGAGAAGGAUAACCAGGGUGAGUGGCGAUCAAGCAAAUCUUCCGAUGCCAGAUUUCCACGUAAAUAUGAAGAAACAGCUUGUAGUAGUGGAUCGUUUCGCAGUGUAUUUGGCAAGUACUCCUAUUACCAAUCAAAAUAUCAAGAAUCUGCGAGAGAAUCGAAUUCUGAGCAUAUGAAGAGAGCAAGAUACGCUACCUUUGCGGAAAGAAGAGCUGAUGCACUUACUAAAUAUUAUAUUGAAUGGCUACCUCCAAAUAUUGUUUACUUCACCAAAGAAGAAGAGCGGGAAAUUCGACAGUCGUUGCUGGCAGCGCUUUUGCGAAUACAUAUGCCUGUAUUGCUAUACACGCCAUUGAAUAUCCACAAGGCAUUGUUAGAGUCCGAAGUUGAAUCCCGCUUCCUUGAUCCGGAAAAUGUCAUCAAAUUCUUGUUGACCUCGCAAGAUGAAAGCUCCAGGUGCAACAUUGGAAAACUUCCAGUCCAACUAAAUAGUUCUAACUUUCAAAACAAAUCCAAUUUAGGAAGUAUUCUAGAAUAUUGCGAGAAGACGCUCAAAAAGUUUCCAGAAUAUAUCCAAGGGUUACCACUCCUCUUGACUGAUGACAACAUGUUGAGAGCUUUCUCUUCAGAAUGUCCUGUGUAUUGUUCAUUGUUCAGCAAAUUGUUUCCAGACAAAGCUUUCAAGUGUGUUCAAAUUGAUUUUGUUCCACUGUUAUCAACAUUUUGUGGACUCGAGCCUGAUGUUAUUCGUGAUCUUACUAUCCAGUCAUUGGCCACCGAGUUCAUGCCCGAUGUUUUCAAUGGAAAAUUAGAAUUAGGUGGAAAAGAACAUGUCCCAUGGAAUUACCCAGAAGAAGGCGUUCUCUCAAAAGAAUGGUUCACUCGAUUGUGGAAGUUCCUGCAAAUUGCUGAAAAGCGUGAAGAAAACAAAAGUCGCAUGGAUGGAGAGUAUUUAAUUUCAAUCUGUGCAGAAGAUAACAGUUCGAAUGAGUCAAGCAGUCUUGUUACAUGUCUCGGCAAGUAUCCUAUUAUUCCAACAACAGACGGAAAACUCGCAACAGUUGAUAACGGCAAGACUGUACUGGCAGUGACUAACGACAAAAAAGGAAGUUCUCUUCAACAGGAAGUAACAGAAAUCCUCAAGAGCUUAUCUUGUCCUUUCUUGGAUAAAUCUAUCACGAAAGAUGCUUUGUCUGUCGUUCUUCGUGUAGUCGCAGACCCACAUUGCAAAUCAGAUGUUUUACAUGUUCUUCAUUACAUGAAUUCAACUGGAAUACUUGACAUGAGCAAAUUUGAUGAGAAAGAUAUCAAAAGUCUUUUGAUAUUCUUUCAGGCUGAAUGCAAAAAUGACGAGUCCAUGAACAUGGCAAAGACUUUGUCGUUCUACAAAGGCGUUGAUGGUGAUUAUCAUUCGCUAUCGUCUUAUUACACCUAUAUCGUAAUUCCAAUCGGUUUGCCAGGCGACGGGAUAAAAGAACUUCAAACUAUAUACGGAAAACGAGUGCUUUUUUUGCCUUCACUAACAUCUGACCUGGGCCGACUAUACAGGGCUCUUGGAGUUGUAGUAGAUUGUGAUAUUUGUAAGUUUUACAUAACUUAUGUACUACCAAAUUUUUCAUCAUUGAGCCGAAAAUGGCAGGAAGAGUUUCUAGCUAUCAUCAAAGAUACGAGGCCAGAGGAAUUAAAGGAAUUAAAACAGAAGUUGCGAUCCACAAGAUGUAUUCCAGACCAAAGUGGAAGUCUUCGCGUUGCUUCAAGCUAUUUCAAUCCGCAUAACGAAUUAUUUAAAGUGAUGUUUAAACCCGAAGCUGACGUUUUCCCAACAGCUCCGUUUAACAAGAUUGAGUGGAUUGAUUUCCUUAUCGAAAUUGGGCUGAAGGAGGAUUGCGACGAACAGCAGUUCGUCACAUUUGCAAGAGGCGUGGAAGAAUCUGCACAGUGCAUGUCCAAAUACGAUCUGAACAUUAUUGCUCAGUCCAAAGCUCUCGUGAAAUAUUUGUCGGAAAAUGGUAAGAAUUGGUUUCACGUCACUAUCUCCGACAUAGAGUUUAUUGCUCCUGAAGAAGUAGAAAAUGAGCUCUCUUCUCUUCAUCCCCAAUAUCGUGUAAAUGGAAAGUUGGAGUUUGUUUCGUACCGCGAAUCAAUGCAGUGGACAGAUAGACACUUGGUUUGGACCAGCGCUAAACUUCUACCAGAAUGGGCUUAUCCUAAAUUUGACUCUCGUCUUCUUUUACUUUUGGGAAUCCCAGCGAAGCCACCGCUUGAAUCUGUGAUUGACCACGUGAAAAUAAUUUCCAAAUGUGCUUCGGAAAUAGUUAUGACUGAUCGUACCUUACCGGAGAAAAUUAUCGAGGUCUUUAAACAUGUUUAUGAUUUUUUGACAGAGACAAUGCAGAAUUGUACAGAAGAACCGCCUUUCGCGAAUUGCAAUGAGGAAUGUAGAAAGAUUGGAAAGUGUUUAACAAACGUUGCUUGUAUACUUCUUAGUAAAGAACGCUGUUUGGUAAAAGGCGAAGAAUUGUCUUUUGAAGAUACUGAAGAGAAAUUGAAGCCACAUUUUUAUAUGGUUCCUAGGGAUUAUGUCCAGUAUGAACAUCUUUUGAAAAGGCUUGGAGUUACGGAAAAAAUAACUCCUUCGCAAAUGGGCAAUGUUCUCAAGUCAUUAAAAGAUUCUUGUACGAAGGAUACGAUGAAUUCUGAAGAAGAAGAAAAAGCAUGUUUUGCUACUUUUGUUUUGUUUGAAUCACUUUGCGAUGAUUCAACUGAGGUUGAGUCAAGAUUAUCCAAUUGCGAAGAGUUGAAUUUAGCAAGCAUGAAGAAACGACUCGUUAAAUCAAAUGAACUGGUGUACAGCAUGCAAUCACGACUUCGCGAGUCAGUAGCGGGGCAAGGGUACGAGAUUUUAUAUCCUCUUGAAAAAUGCGGACUGAAACGAGAGCUGGAAGACGCCUACUUAAAUGCUCUUCCAAAACGACUUCGACCAACACCAUUAAGCAGUUUAGUACGCGAAGAGUUAGAUCCAUCCUGUAAGAAGAACAUGGCUUGUAUUUACUGCACGGAGAUGGAUUGUCCGUUUAUACAGAAGAUUAUCUUGGUUCUACGAUCCUCGCAAUUUGAACACGGCAUCCUGCGUCUGUUGAAACAUCAGAAGAACGUAUCGAUUCCAGACGACGAGGAUAAAGAAAGAGCUGCGAGAUUUACCUCCACUAAAGUGAGACGUAUUUUAUGUUGUAAAAUAAGUAAUCGAUAGUGAGUUUAGAUACUAAUAACAACGAUUUCAGUUCUAACCCAUGUUCCAACCCUAAGUGUUACCCUAAUUCUUAUAUACCCUUAUUUUAAAAUGACUAGGAUGGCGCGCUAAAUGUUCUUCAUAAAUGUGUUAUUGAAAAAUGAGAGAUUUUAUGUCUAAGCAUUCUAAUAAUUUACAUCCAUAUUUCUGUUAAGCUCACUGUAAUCAAGUGUAUGAGUCAAGUACAGAUCCACCUUGUGAACGUGGAGACAAAAACACCAUUACCGCAGAGCAAGAUCGAGAGAACGUGUCAUGUCGAAAAGCAAGAGAAGUCGUGGACAUUGUAUAUUCAACACCAUUUUGGUGGACGAAAAAAUUAUUCGAUAUUUGCGAAAGCUGUAAACGAAAUUAUGGACGGAUGCUUGAAAGAGAUUGGAGAACUAACCGAUAUGCUGUCGUGUGAUUCACCUUCAGAAAUACCAGGCGUGCUUAACGACCAUAACGUAGCGAUAGACUACAACGAAGAAGGCGAGCAGUUAGGACAGCCUGUUCCAAAUGUCUAUCGCUAUCUCAUGAUUCAAAAUCCGCUGUGUCAUUUUGAGGAAGGAACUCGCGUUGCUUACGGUGAGGACGAAGGUAAGAUAGAUAGAAAAACCUGAUUUAGCAACGGUAACCUCGUCAACUGAAGCUAAUUUCCAUAUGGGGUAUGGAAAAGGAAGUGCAUAAGUAUAAUAUUAUUUAAUUUAAAGUAAUAGUAUUAAAAGCAUGAGCAGCCGAUUUGUAUCUGAUUUACAAGGCGAGACGUAAUAAAGGUCAAUAAAUCAGAUACAGAUCGGGUGCGAAUACUUUACAUUACCUGAAGUACAAACACAUCAAAACUGGGUGGUAAAAGUAAUAUGAUUAUGGAUCGUUGGGCUCAUAGCGAGACAUUUGUGUUCUUCAUAAGUUCCUAAAAUUUGCGAACGACAUUGUGUGCUCGACUAUUUUUUAAUUUCCACCCCUGCAUUUAAGUAAUCAAGUUUACCAACUAUAUAUUUUGCCGACGUGGUUUGUUUUAGCCGAGAAAUCGAAGCUAUUUACAAAAUAUAAUAUAUAAUUUGAAAUAAAUAAUAUAAUCUAUGAGUAAAGUAAUAUGUUAACAAGCUUUUAAGAUUUAUAUCCUGUCACAAUCAAAAAAUGAAUAGCAAUUUGCUCUCCGUAAUUUCAUUUGAAAUUAGAGUUCCAUAUAGCUUAUAGCACCGACAUUUAUCAUGUUAUUAGUACAAGGUUGUGGUGGUAAGCAAAGACCACUUGAAAAAUUCAUAAGUUUGUAAUUUUGACCUCAAUUUUUAAAUAAAUAGUUUUGUGACUGACUAUAUUCAAAAUUUUGUACAUCAUUUUCGCUUUCGCCCUUUUUUCGUAUCAGGUGGCGAGAGAAAUUGGAAGGAGAGCGAGCAAGCGGAGGGGUCAACUAAGUACACGUUGGCAAAGAUCUUGGCACGUGCCAACCCGAUUGAUAAAGCUGCCAGAGAAUUCGAUUUCAACGCUGAAUACAAAAUCGAUCUUGGUAGCAAAACUGAAUUUAGAACUAUCAGUGUUCUCGAUAUUUACAGUUACAAUCAAGACGAUAUGGGUAAUCUUAUCUCAGACGAUAACGUAGAAACUCGAGUGAACGUUUUUGCAGAAAAAUGUAACAUCAGUCGAGCUUUAAAUCUGACCAAAAAAUUGGAAUCACUUACACAGCGACGUAAAGUUUUAAGGAGACUCUUUCUACAUUGGUUUCGGUGCAAGGACCCCGAAGUUGCAGCUGAGAUGACCACAUUCAUUGAAAGUGAAGUUACAAGACUGGAAAUUCUACGUGUAGAAGAAACUCGCUUCUAUACAAGUUAUUGGAAAAGACGUGAAAAACGGGAGAGAAGUACUUUUAGUGGUUACAGUCACUGGAUGUCCUUCGGUGAUCAUUAUGAUGCUUCGGAAUUUGUUAAUCCCGAUAAAGCCGAAGCAAAGCGAUUGAUCAAGCAGUCUAAAGCAGACUUGGAUGCUGCGAAGAUGUUGUUGCUUGAUGUUACUACAUUUUACUCACAAGUGUGUCACAUGAGCCAACAAUGUGUUGAGAAAGUGUUGAAGGGAGUUUUAUACGCCAAAUGUGGUAUACCACAGCGAGAAUUGCGUUCGCACAACAUCGACCGUCUUGCAUCUUUAGUGUCUCGUCUUGAGGGGGCACCCAGUGAAAUAGAACGUGCCUAUACAGUUGCAAAUUACAACAUGCCAACCCGCUUCCCUGACAAUCAACCGAAAUACAGAGCCCUAACGGAAGAAUAUAGCGAGAAAGAAGCCAAAGAAGCGUUGGAAGCUGCUGAAACAGUGUACACAGCCUUGGAGAAAUUUGCUCACGACAGUGACGACUAGGCGAAGGUCGGACAGAUUUUUAACUGUGUAUAUUAAUCUAGUUCUAAUAGUUGACUUUAAUUAAUAACUUGUACGCUAUUUUGUAGCAGAUGGUACCGGUAUGUACUUACCAAAUAUGAACACGUUUUCUGAGCUUGUUCAUAUAUAGUUUUACGGGGCGAUCCGUUGGUGACCAGCCUGCAGUUACCAAGUGAGAAAAUGUUAAUUGUUUUUAUCAUAUAACAGUCUUGUAUUUGGCAGAUGAAUAGAAUUGAGAGAUGUAGUCUCUUCCUCCUAAUUUCUAAAGUUGAAUACCAUCUGCUGCACUGUAGCACUUAACCACAGGUCAAACGAGGAUGAGAGUUGGCAGUCACGCAUUGUUACAGGGGACAUUUCAAGCUCUAGAUUAACAAAAUAAAGGUUUGAUCAGUGUUCCAACCAUGUUUUAACUUAAAUAGAGUACAUGAUAGUGUUGGGAAAGCACGCAGGCUACAGCUAACCAAGAUCGCGUGACUGCCAACUCUCAUAUACUCUCAUUCUCGUUUCAUCCUGGCUUUACAACCCCCAGCAAUUGUAUAGUGAUUCAUAAACUGUAGUACAUUGAGUUGUAGUUAUUUUAGUCUUCUUAUAAUAGUACAUUGAGUUGUAGUUAUUUUAGUCUUAUUCUAUUUCACUGUAUUAUUAACAAGUACAACACUACACGAGCUUAUGUGCACGGGCGAAUUAAAUCGUAUGUGGUGCCUGCCAUAGCACAAGAGACAGUGAACAACCGAAAUUUUUUAAUCGUUUUUGUUUCUUUAGUUUUUACUAUAAUAAUCAAUGAACAUGUAAUGUAAUUUGUAGUAAAUUGAUAACAAUGUUAACUGUAGUUUAGAAAUGGAUCUUUAAUAUUGAUCAUCUAUGAUUAUGAUUGGCAAUAAUUAACUUGAUUGAGAUUAGUACAUAUCAAUAUAUAGCAGAAUUAACGUGUGGCAAAAAUAAAUUAGCAAAUCGUAGAUUUGAGAAGAUCCACAAGAUCUUCUGAGUACAAAAUAAGGUAUGUUCAAAUGUGUGAUUAAUGCAAUUUUCAACAUGCAUACGGGUCUGCGAGACCAAAAUUUAAAUGCGUGACUUUCACGCCAGAUGAGGCAAACUUGCCAGGUCUGCAGGACGAUUCCAAACUCGGUUUUUAACGAGGUUUUUAACGAGGUUUUUAACGAGUUUUAACGAUUAAUACUAUAUAUACAAUAUACAUCUAUUAAAUUGGGACAAUAAUAAUUAGCAGAUCGUAGAUACAUACAG